AUGGAUUACGACCUCACUGAGGAGGGAAUGGAAGCCUUCCACUCGAUACACGAACGGCUGUCAUCAUACAUGGUGGAAAAAGAGGCUUACAAUUGCAUCGCGACCUUAGAGGUCGUCAAUGAAGAACUUGCUGAUCCGGAGGAUGACGAGGACGUCCACAUUCAGCUCGCUCCGGCAGCGCUGGACGAUACACCUCCAAAGGUUAAAGACCCUACAGAGAAAGUCAACCUGGGUACGGUAAGCGAGCCUAUGGAAGUAUCCAUCAGUGCUUACCUAAAGCCUAACGAGAAACAGAGGCUCAUCGAAUUGUUGCUAGAGUUCAAAGAUUGCUUUGCGGAGAAGUAUGAGGACAUGCCCGGCCUGUCACCAGACUUGGUUUGUCAUCAAUUACCAACUCUUGCUGAAAAGAGGCCCGUCAAGCAGGAGCCUCGACGAAUGAACUCCGAGACCCAGAUCUUGGUAAAGGAAGAGGUAGAGAAAAUGCACAAGUCAGUCAUGCCUUUUGGCCUGAAGAACGCCGGCGCGACGUAUCAAAGAGCCAUGAACCUGAUCUUCCACGACAUACUGGGAAAGGUGUUAGAGGUAUACAUUGAUGACGUAGUCGUCAAGUCUCAGAAGCGAGGGGGUCACAUCGCAGAUCUCAGGAAAGUGUUUGAGCGCAUGCGCCAACAUAAACUCAAAAUGAACCCGGCCAAGUGUGUGUUUGGAGUUUUAGCCGGAGACUUUCUGGGGUUUAUAGUCCACCAGCGAGGAAUUGAGGUCCCCGAGGACAAGGCAAGCGCAGUUAUUCAUGCAUCUCCCCCACGGACGAAGAAGGAAUUACAGCGUCUUUUGGGUAAGAUCAAUUUUCUACGGCGUUUCAUCUCUAAUUCUGCAGGGAAAAUCCAGCCUUUCUCACCUUUGCUGAGACUACAAGGACAGAAUGACUUUGUGUGGGAAUCCAAGCAUCAGGAGGCUUUCGAUAGUAUCAAGGCCUAUUUAGCAAACCCACCAGUCUUGGUUCCCCCUAGACCCGGAGUCCCGUUAAAACUGUAUAUCUCAGCAGCCGCCGCCUCCAUUGGUAGCCUGCUCGCUCAGGACGAUGAGGACGGCAUCGAGCACGCUGUGUUUUAUCUCAGCCGUUAUGUACCCCAGAAGGCGGUCAAAGGGCAAGCUAUCGCAGAUUUUCUGGCACAUCAUCCCCAGCUAGAAAUACCCGUACUGAAAGAGCUAGAAAUUGCCUGCAACGCCACGACUCGACCAGAUAAAGCAUACAUUCCUGAAUACGAGGUCUGGUAUCAGGCUACUAUUUUUCUACAACCCUGGGUGUUAUUCUUUGAUGGCUCACGAACAGAUGCUCUGGCCGGCGCAGGGAUUGUUUUGGAGAAUCCUGCCGGUGACCGUUUCUCUUAUUCUUUCCAGCUCACGUUCCAAUGUACUAAUAAUCAGGCUGAAUAUGAAGCUCUCAUCAUUGGACUCGAAGUCCUGUUGGAAAUGGGCGUCCGGGACGUUCAGAUUCGCGGAGAUUCUCAGCUCGUGAUCAAUCAGCUUCUGGAAAAAUAUCGCUGUACGAGUUGGCUGCUCAUCCCCUACUUGAGUCGCGCCAUUGAGCUUCUGGACCAAUUUACAGAUGUUGGUAUGGAACAUAUACCACGUGAACGUAACUUUGCUGCCAAUGAGCUCGCUCAGCUGGCUACAGGCAUUAGCUUGAAAUACGGAGUGCGCGAGCGCAUUCUGAAGGUUGAGCGCCGUACACUACCUUCGUGGCUUGCUCGCCCUGAUCCUCCAGAUGAUCCUGUGGUUGCGGUACUCGAGCCCAUUGAUGUUGAUUGGCGGAUCCCACUGAUUGAAUACCUCAAACGACCAGACUCCAGCGCUGAUAGGAAAAUUCGUUUCCUCGCAUUGAAUUACUUCCUUAGAGGUGAGGAACUACGCAGACGUGGCGAAGAUGGUAUAGAUUUUCGAUGCGUCUACGGUCGCGAAGCCAAAAGAUUGAUGCGCGAGGUGCACACGGGGAUAUGUGGAUCCCAUCAAGCCGGACCUAAGAUGCGUUGGCUCCUCCGACGUCAUGGUUAUUAUUGGCCCAGCAUUUUGAAGGAUUGUAUUGCAUUCGCCAAAGGCUGUGCGGAUUGUCAAGCACACGGUCCUGUCCAGCAUCACAAGUUUAUCAUUGUCGCCACUGAUUACUUCACGAAAUGGGUUGAAGCAGAACCUCUAAAGGAGGCCUCCGGCACUACCAUUCGCCAGUUUAUUUUCUGUAAUAUUCUCUGCAGGUUUGGCAUACCUGAAGUACUGGUGUCGGACAGGGGGGCAGCGUUCAUGGGAGGCCCCGUUGAAGAGCUGGUGAAUGACUUUGGCAUUCAGUUCACACAUAGUACUCCGUACUAUGCUCAAUCUAAUGGUCAGGCGGAGGCGAGUAACAAGAUAAUCAUCACCUUACUGAAGAAGAUGUUGGUGGAGAAUCCUCGACAGUGGCAUGAUACUUUGUACGAGACACUUUGGGCCUAUCGCACUUCGAAGCGCAACCCUACCGCCACGACGCCGUACGCGCUUAUGUUUGGACAUGACGCUGUCUUACCAUUGGAAAUUAAUGUGCAUUCCUUACGAGUCCAAGAACAGCAUCAUUUGAUUGGUGAGGACUAUCGUAUCGCCCGCGCCUAUGACAAGAGGACGCGGGGUCGCAGUUUCAAAGAAGGUGACCUCGUUUGGAAGGCCAUUUUACCCCUGGGUGAAAAGGUCACCGGUCGCGGUAAAUGGACGCCGCGAUGGGAGGGACCCUUUGUUAUCCACCGAAUAUUGGAGCGCGGUGCUUUUCACCUCACAGACAUCGACGGCGCUAUCCAUCGCAACCCUAUUAACGGUCGGUUUUUGAAAAAAUAUUAUCCCAGUGUUUGGGAGUUUGAUGAUCCUCCCGACUCUGUUUUUACUCCGACUGGGGGGCAACCUUAA